GUAUCUUCAUUGUAAAAUGCAUGGAUAAGAAUGGCGCUACCUCGCGCACCAACACUUCCCGCCAACGAGCUGCUUGCGACCGCAGUGGCCCAACGCCUUGCAAGCUCGCUGGAGAAUCCUCGCGCACUACAGGAUUAUCUGGAAACAUAUAGUUGCUGCGGCAUAAGCCCCGCACCAACGGCCCAGGUGGUCAAGCUACUUGCACAGCAAUGCUCGAGCGCAGAGCAGCUGGCUGCGCUGCUGGUCUCGGUCUCAAGCCAGCGUGUCGCUGCGCAACACCCUCUCCUGCUCGCCUCGGUGCUCCUGGCAAACGGCCCCUUGAGCAGCGCGCGCCGCACGGCCCACGCGCUCACGCUCAUCGCCGAAGCCGCCGUGCUAGAACUUGCGCCGAUCUCGGCUGCUCCAGCAUCCGGCCCUGAACCAAGCCCCGCAGCCGCCGCAGCGGGUGGUGCGCCGCCCCCCGGGGCAAGCACGCUCGCCCCUACUAGCAGCAGCCGCGGCCCCGGCCCUGGCCCCGGGCCCAUCAACAACAACAGCAGUAACACAAGCAGCGCCAUAAUCGACAGCGCCACUGCGCGGCGAGCCCUUCCCGCCCUUCUGGUGGACCUGCUGCGACUGGCAGACACUGCUCAGGACCCGGCCGCAACCGCCGCGCUGGCGGCCGCCGCCGGCGUGCGGCCGGCGGGAUUGCUGCGGUCGGGGCGUUCGGGGCGGCCAGGCCCCGGGGGCGAAAGACAUGAGAGCGAGGGCUGGUUUUGGGCAGCAGGACUGGAGGAUGACAGAGGUUGCGAUGAGGAUGACGUAGAUGUGGACAUGGCUGGAGGUCUGCAGGGCGAUUGUGGCGGAGCCGGGAUGGAGGCUGCGGGGGAGGGCCUGGCCCGGGCGGCGGCGCAGGCGGCGGCGCAGGCGGCGGCGGAGGCACGGGCGGCCUGCCCCGGGGCACUGCCGCUCCUGUGUCGGGCGGUGGGCGAGCGGCUGUGGAGGCUGGACCCCGGGCUGGCUACCAGUUGCGCCCUGAACUACGUGCGGCUGUGCUUCAGCGCCCCACCCGCCAGCCCCCAGCCGCAGCACCCUCACCCCCCGCACCCCCAACAGCAGUCACGGCACGGGCGCCCGACACCGCCGCCGCCACGCCUGCUGCCGCCGGCUGUGGCACGUGAGUGCGCCGCCUGGCUCGCUAUCCCGCUCGGACUGCCCCUGCUGUGCAGCACCGCCGAGCAGCUGCUGAGGGAGCAGGCGGCGGCGGAGCCGCCGCAGGGGCUGCAGCAGCAUCACCGGCAGCAGGGGCGCGAGGGGCUGCAGCAGCAGGAGGCGGCUGCGCCGCCGGUGGCCGCGCUGCUGGCGGCGCUGGUGGUGCCGGGGGCGGAGGGCGAGGCGGCGGUGUGGGGCCUGCUGGGGCGGCUGGCGCUGGCCGCGGUGGGGCUGCAGCAGCAGGAGGAAGCGCACCAGCACCAACACCAGCACCAACACCGGCGCACGUUCGGCGGUGGCGGCAGUGGUGCGGACCCCGCCCUGGCGGCGGCAACUCUGGCCGCAGCUGAGACCGUCCUGACCCGCCUCGCGUGGGAGCAGGAGCAGGCGCAGGAGCUGGAGCAGAACACCGCUGGGGCAGCCUUGUUGUCGGCCGGCGCUGUGACGGAGGCGGCCGCGCUGGCGCAUCGUGUCACUACUGCUGCGGACGCUGGCGCGGCCGUCGCGACUGGGCUGGUGAAGCUGGAGGGGCUGUUGCGCGCCGCUCUGCAGCUGCCGGCACCGCAGCCGCAGCAGCAACAGCAGGCCCAGCAGCAGAAACCAGGGGGUCAGCAGGCUCCGCAGCAGCAGCCGCUGCAGCCAGCGCAGCACAGGGCGCGCGACGCCGCGCUGCGCGCCAUCGAGGCGCACCUGCCGACCUCGACGUCGCCCGCGGUACUAGAGCUGUACGGCAGGCUGCUACGGGAGGCCGCCGCCGCCGCCAGCGCCGCCAGCACCGCCGCCGCCGCCGUGGCGGCUGCGGCGGCGCGCACGGCCGGCGCCGCCAGCGCACCAGGCGGCGGCGGUGCUGGCGGCGGCGGCGCAGGGGACGGCCGGGCGGCGGCGGCCGCGGCGGCGGCGCAAGCGGCCGCCGCGGCGGCGGAGGAGGCGCGGCACCGGAUUCAGAUGGUGCUGGCGGCGCUGGCUAGCCGGCGAGACCACCUGCCCGGCCCGGCGGCCGGCGGCGCAGGCGCAGGCGCGAGAGGGGGCGCUGCGGGCGGCGGGCCUGGUGCCGGUAGAAGCAGCGGUGGAGCAGGUGGUGGCGGAGGUGGUGGUGGAGGAGGUGGCGGCGCUGCGCGCGCUGGUGACCACGUGUUUGCGGAGCAGUGCCUGCGGGACUUCGCGGCCUGCAGCUCCCGGGAACAAGUGGAGAGGCACUUUGCGCAGCUGGGCCUGCAGCGGCAGCGCUGGGUGUGCGGCGUGAAGCCGGUGCUGCUGGGUCUGACGCUCAGCCCCGAGCUGGCGGCGCUGAGGUACCGAUACCUGGUGGCCGCCAGCCAGUGGCGCUUCCUCACCGUCAACGACCUCACAGCCUUUGAGGAGCUGUACGCCGCCCUGGGCAUACGCCUGACUGAUUCCGGCGGCGGCGGCAGUAGCAGCAGCAGCGGCGGCGGCGGCAGUAGCAGCGCAAGGCCGGGACAGCAGCCGCACCCGCAACCCAACAGCAGCGGCAGCGGCAGGACGGCGGCUGUGGGCGACCUGUUGCGGCGGCUGGUGCGUGUGGGGCCGGGGCUGGACGGCCGCACCGCGCUGCCGCUGGUUAUGGACGCGCUGGACGCCGCGCUGGCGGCGGCGCUGCUGCCGCCGGCCCCACCCGCACCCGGAGGAGGCGGGGGAGGCGGUGGCAGUGGCACCCAGGUUAGGACGCAAGGCGCCAGUGCCGGUGCCAGUGCCGGCGCGGCGCUGGGCAGUGGGGCGGUCGGCAGCGCCGUCGCCGACACCGCCGCUGAGGUCGCGGCUGCGGCCGCCGCCGCGGAGGAGGUGGCGGAGAUGAUCCUGCAGGCCUUCAUAGCCGCGGAGGAGCUGGCAGCAGCAGCUGCUGCCGCCGCCGCACCACCAGCGAAUCCGCACCAGCCUCACCAGCCUCAGCAGCAGGCGCGGCAGCGGCAGGCGGCGCUGGGCUGGCAGAUGGGUGUGUUGGAGGUGGUGGCGGGCCGCUGGGGCGCUGCGGCGGCCGGGCCGCUGCUGCAUGGCGCGCUGUGUGGGCGGCUGGCGGAGUUGGUGACGGCGCCGGAGGUGCUGACAGAGCUGGACGAGGCGCAGGUACUGGGUCUGGGCACAGCCCUGGCCUGCAUGGCCGCACUCAGGCUCCACCCGCCACCGCCUCCCACUGGUGCCAAACCCGCCAGCGGCGGAGCACCAGACAGCGCACGGGCGGCGGAGCCGCGCUUCGUCUGGCGCCUGCCCGCGCCGCCGCGGGCGCACCACCACCACCAGUACAACCACCACCACCACCGUGUUCAUGGGCAGGGUCAACAGAGGGGCGGCGGCACCGCCUGCUCGCCUGGAGGCGCCUUCCUGCAGCACCUGCGCGGCCUCGCCUGCCCCUCCGCCUCGGCGCCAUCACCGUCCCCACCGCCGUCAUCAUCACCACCGGCACCGGCUUGGGCGGCGGCGCAAGCGGCGGCGCCGGCGCCGGCAGCGGCAAGGCCGCAACUGCAGCAGCAGGUGCCGGUGCCGCUGCAGGUGCCGGGGCCGGCGCUGGCCGAGGCGGUCAUGGCCGCGUUGCCACUGGGCCCCUCGCCCGCCGCCGUGCGCGCUGCCGCCACCCUGGCCGCCAGCUACCUCCGAGCCGUGGGCGUCAUGGAGGCCUGGGUGCCGUACGGCUGUAGCAGCAGCAGCAGAUGCAGCAGCGGCGGCGGCGGCCGCAGCAGCGGCGGAGGCGGUGGCGGUGGCUUGGGUGGAGCUGGAGCCGGCGGCGCGUUUGGUUCUGGCGCGCUGGAGCUGGGGCUGGAGCUGCCGGCGCCGCGGCAGUUGGCGCCGCAGGUGGCGGGUGUCGCGGCGGCGGGCGGCGGCGGCGGUGUGGGCGGCGGCGGCGGCGGCGGCUGCCUGCUUCAGUCGGCGCUGCGCGUGAUGGCGUGGGCGGGCCGGUACGCGGAAGCCAUGUGUGAGGGAGGAGGAGCCGGCAGCGACGGAGUCGGCGGUGCAGGCGAAGGCGGCGGCGGUGGUGAGGGCGGCGGCGGGGCCUGGCAGGAUGUGGCUCGUGUGUGUGCCGCUUUCCGUGACUCGGCCAUGGGCGCCCGGAUGCUGGAGCUGGCGGCGGCGGCGCGGCUAGACGCAGCGGGGCCCCAAAGGGCAGGCGGAGCAGGGGGGGACGGAGAGCAAAGCGGCGGCUUGGUUGGAGCGGACGGGGAUGGGAAGGUUGAGGACGAAGAUGUUGAGCGCGAAGGAGUGAGGGCAGCAGCCGAGGGGAGGUGUAGCGAGCAGCAGGAGGCGCAAGCGGAGGCGGAGAUGGAGGAUGGGGAGGGGGAGGCCAUGUUGGCGUUGACGGUGCGGGCGCUGCAGGAGGGGCUGCCCAUGCCGACAGGGCUGCUGCGUCAGCAGGCAGCUCUGCUACUAGGGAUCUUAGUUCCGAGGACGCAGGCGGUAGGAGCCGGCCCAGGGCAAAGUGGCGGGCUCAGGCGCUUGAAGCGUGAGCGGGAGUAGCGGUUGGGGCGGCUUUGGUGUCGGUAGGCUGGCGGGCAUCUAGGCCUACCGCUUCAACGGCGCCCUGGAGCUCAUGGAGCUGGUCGCCUAGUGUGGGCGCUGUACGGGGCAGUUCGUGGCCGUUAACAUGGUGAGGCAGCGGCGGGAGGGUGGAUGGCUUACUCGAGGCGUUCGCUGCGGCGGCAUGUCUGCGGAUGCCGGCAGUCGCACGUGUGCCAAGUAUUGUCGCAUAACAGGCAUGCUUCACAGCGAUAUAUACACGGGAUAUGUGCGCAUUGCACUUGACUUCCUUCGGACGCAGCCCGGCUUGCGGCAGGCUUAGCGAUCCGAUGU